AUGAGCAUCAAAAGACAGUACAGCAGAGACAUUGAACGGGGCGCAGUGAAAGCCUCCUCCAUCCCGUCCUACAUCGGGGCGUCCCCCCUGCCGGGCGCUGGGCCAGUCAGGCGCCGCAUCCGGCUGAGUAGCCGCUGUCUGCGUCUCAGUCCAGCAGUGAACAGCGACACAGUGCUGCCCCUAACGCCUGACGCGCAUGGGUCGUUGCGUGCUGGCGCCUGUGUUAGCGAGCAGCGUAUCUUGUGCCGUGCCUCCCCCGAGCUGCGCGGGGGCAUGUGCCAGAUCGGUACCCAAAGCGCUAAGACCAGACCCAGCAGGUUUGGCGCCAUGGUCAUGCUGAUGAUCCACCCUCACCUUCCGGCCUGGCACGACACCCGCGAGGUACAGUACCACCCGCCUGCGCCCGCUGCGACGACGCUCCAUGUACCUGUACCACCGCCGGGACGCCCAAAGUCGGUUCGGUCUCAGGUAAUUGAAGUCACCCACCCGCUGGAACUCUUUUCGCCCUCCCGCUCACCUCUUCCUCAACUUGACCUUUUGGACGACAACAACCAGGUCGAAUCGUGCCUCCAGGCCUCGUCUCUUUCCAACCCCGACCGAUCCGACGCCAGAAUCCAACUGCUGCGCGCUCUCCCCGGCUCUUGCCCGAAAAGACACUACGGGGGCCCUGCCGAGCAGAUCAGGAACCAGGGAUUGUCCUGUCCUGUCCCAAUCCCUUUCUUAGGCGGUCGACGCUCGAAUCCACCACUCCAUUUCAUCAUCCCUUCGAUAGUUCGGCACUGCUCCGUCAUCCAGACCGCAUCGUCAGGGAGUCCAGCAACGCGCGACACGUCUUCCGGGGCUCUCAUUCGCCCUAAUACUCGUAGUGUGCUCGUGCGUACACCGGCGGGCUUCCACUCGCUUUUGGUCUUCUGGACUUUUGGACCCUUUUGGUCCGCUUCUCCCAGCAGACAUUAG